CACAUGUGUGGGAAGCAUCGUUGCCAUGACGGUGCCUGAGUCAGUGCACAGCAUAAAACCAAGAGAGAGACAGAUUUUUUUAGGCUGGGCUUUACAAUCAGCAUAUGGUCGUGAGACGCUCAACGCUGAAACAUUGCAAAGAAGAAAACGAUAGAAACAAAGGAGAGGAACGAGAGCGCGCUGAGACACUGGUGUUGUUGUUUGAAUGAGCUCAGUGAAGUCUCUCCCGGGACACAGUAUGUGACGGGGGGUGCACAAAACGUCACUACACCUGCUGCGGGCUGAAAUAAAUGCACGAUAGAGAGAGAAAGAGAGAUGUCUCGUUUUCACUUUCUCAUUCGCACUAUAAAGAGCUUGCCAAGGCAACUCCACGUGAAUCAGAUUUCUGGGAAUAAUCGUCUGUUUGGAUAAGAAGGUUAUUGGGCGGAAAGAAAACAAACAACAAUGCCCCAACGACGCACCAUUCAUUCCUGGCGCUGCCUCUUGUUCACGCGGUCGUGCGGUAUUUCCCGGUUGAUUCCCAUUAUUGGAGAGUGUCAGUAGUAGGCGGUGACCGGAGCUGCAUGCCUGCUGCCGGUGUCUCGAGCUGACCCGAUUCCUACAGCCUGCCCCCGGUGUAGAUAUGACUUCCUGGCUACAUAAAUACGGUUCCCCGAGUCUGCAUUGCGUGCUGCUCUGCGUGGUAUUGGCCGCUAACAUCAUCGGCGGGAGCUCUCAUUCCGGUGAGCCUGUAUGUUCGUCUCCUCCUGUCUCGUCGUGUUCAGAGUGCCUCCGACGCGGACCACAGUGUGCCUGGUGCUUUGAGGCGGGUUUCCUGGAUGGAGCGGAGGUGGGAGAGCGCUGCGACCUGGUGGGGAACCUGGCAAGGAGGGGGUGUGGCCUAGAGUUCAUAGAGCAUCCAGAGGUCAUGGUGGAGGUCAAUGCUACGACCAGCAGCACUCAGGUGUCACCGGGAGAGAUCACCCUCACACUCAGACCAGGUGCUGAGGCCAGUGUGAUAGUAGCAGUACAACAGUUAGAGAGGUAUCCUGUUGAUCUGUACUACCUGGUGGACGUAUCAGCAUCCAUGCAGGAAAACCUGGACCAGCUGAAGACGGUGGGCGUAGCCUUGUCCCACCGUAUGAGAGAACAUUCCAGUGAUUUGCGUCUGGGGUUCGGCUCCUUCGUUGACAAACCUGUCUCCCCCUACAUCAAUGUACACCCCUCUAAGAUAAAUAACCCCUGCAGUGACUAUGAGGUGAAGUGUCGCCCAGCCCAUGGCUUCCACCAUGUUCUUAGUAUGACGGCAAACAUGUCAGAGUUUACACGCAUCAUCAAGAGACAGAGGAUAUCAGGCAACAUGGACACACCAGAGGGAGGGUUAGACGCUAUGCUCCAAGCUACUGUAUGUCAGGGUGAGGUGGGUUGGCGUGGGGAGGCCAAGCGUCUGUUGUUGUUGAUGACAGACCAGCCUUCUCACCUGGCGUUGGACAGCAGACUGGCUGGUAUAGUCACACCCCAUGAUGGCCUCUGCCAUCUGGAGAACAACGUCUAUAUGGAGAGCACUACCAUGGACCAUCCCAGUUUAGGCCUGUUGGCUGAGAAGCUUCUAGAGAACCACAUCUACUCUCUCUUUGCUGUGGAACAACUACAAUAUCAGUGGUAUGAGGAGUUGGUCAGGUUGCUACCAGGCUCCAAUCUUCUGUUCCAGGCUCCCAAACUUAUAGAUGUGGUGGUGGAUGCAUACAAGAGGUUGUUGUCAGUUGUCCAGGUGUCUGUGUCAGUGGAGGACAGAGCAUUCAGCCGUUUCCUGGUCAGCGUCUCUCCUCUCUGUCCAGAAGGAUCUGUAUCCCACGACAACCGCAGCUGCUCCAACGUCCAGCCCAACCAGACGGUACACACACAAUCACACACGCAUGCAUGCACGCACACUCACGCACACACGCACUUGUCAAGUGGCGGUGGGUCUGAGUGUGUACACAUGCGCACGUUUGUGUGUAUGUGCAUGUGUGUGUUUCUUACAGAGGUCUACUUCAACAUCACCAUCGGUCUGCACUCCUGUCCUGACGAUGAUGAUGAUGACGUAGUCCAGGUCUUCGUCAGGCCCGUGGGUUACAAUGAGUCAUCCAUCAUCAAGGUUCACUCACGAUGUCGCUGUCACUGUGGACCGGACUGGCAUUGCCACGACGAUACCACACAUCAGUCAACGUGUGGUGAGGUCACCCCAGAUACAGACCGUAAUAAUCAAGACAUGAACAAUCGGGACAUGCACACACACACACCGGACCUAGACCCAGAGCACACACCCACACGCCCUCACACACACACACCGGACCUAGACCCAGAGCACACACCCACACGCCCUCAUACACACGGACCGGAGUUGUCACGGCAGUGUCGUGCGGAGGGAUCGGGGGUGGACUGUAACGGUCGGGGAGUGUGUGUGUGUGGGAAAUGUGUGUGUGAGAGGAACAGUCUAGGAACAGUGUAUGGACAGUACUGUCAGAUGGACGACUACUCCUGCCCCUACCAACACGGACUACUGUGUGGAGGGCGAGGUAUGUGUGUGUCUGGUGAUUGUGUAUGUGAAGAGGGCUGGACAGGAGAGAGCUGCAGGUGCCCAGUUUCUACGGCAAUCUGCCUGUCCGACAACGGGUUGCUAUGCAGCGGGCGUGGCAGGUGUGUGUGUGGCAGAUGUGUGUGUGACAACCAUCAAUAUUCCGGAGCAUUUUGUGAGAGAUGUCCCACCUGCCACAGCUCCUGUCAGUCACACUGGAGGUGUAUAGACUGUCACUUGUCUCACGGUCUGUCUCAGAGAGAGGCUGGGGAGUGCAACCAUACCUGCAUCCCAUUAGUGGGUUACGUCAAUGAUGUCACAGUCCUACUAGGCCAGGUAUGGAGACAGUGUGUGUAUAAGAAAGACAACUGUUACUAUCGCUUCCACACUGCACUUGUCUCAGGAAAUACUCUUCUACAUUUCAACACACAACCUGAGUGUGUAUCCAGUAGGCGGUAUGUGGGGACCUUCCUCAGUGUGUGUGUGUUGACAUUCCUCCCUGGCUUGGUGAUGCUGGCUGUGCUGGUGCUGCUCCUGCACAGACGAUCUUUGCCACAGGGUGGCGCCACUGAUCAACAAUACAACCCCACUGGCAAGGAUCUGUCACACGUCCCAAAGACCAAUGAGAAGACGGUAUCCUACAGGAGGGACCGCCCCCCGGGUCCUGACCGACCAAUGGAGAUGCAUAUCACCGUUCCCAAGAUGCCCCUGGGCGAACCCUGGCAGUAAGGGGUCAGGGGUUAGAGGUCAACGGUUGAAGUGGGCCAAUGCUGACCGGUACAAAAAAGCAGCAACUCUAAUGUUAUACUGCUUGAGAACCGGCACCUGUGAAAUGCAGGUACAGUAAAAUGACAGUGAGCAGGGCAACAGGAAUCUUCUCUCAGUACACUUGCACUGGUUCCAGGUUAGGGGAAGGAUAGUAAAUCAUGAAAAACUGGAAAGAGUAACACUCCAAACAGGAGGCUUGUUACUGAUACUGUAAUAUUAUGUGGCUUUAUGGACUGGCAGCCAUUGAAAGGUACUGAACAUUGAUCGAUUUAUCAAAGCUAAAUAUUUAUGCUUUUAUUACAGAGAACACUACAAGUUUAUUAGUUUACUUGAUCUCUCUCUCUCUCUACUCAAACUGUAUGUCCUGUGUUAGCUGGCCACCUAGUGGUCAGUGGUGAAACGACAUAACAGAAUGGGAUGAAUGAAUAAUUGGAUGAAGGAAUGAAUGAAUGGUGAUCUUGCACCAGCAGUAACGUGUGAAUAUGUGACACUCCACAAUCAUUACCUUUUUUUUUUACCUACCGCCAGAUCUACUUGAUUUCUUUAUUUUAUGUGCCUGGCAUAACUGGAGUUUUGAGAGGACAGGUAGCCUCCAACCGUUGUUAAUGUACAGUACCGGUAUCUAGUUUUAAUAUUUGAAACAAGCAUUAAUUUUAAAUUAGCAUACUUGUAGAGAGACAGAGUAGAGAUUUGCACUAGCAUCGUUACGUAGCAUGAUAGGUCGUAGUGUUGUCAGACUACUGAGCGCUAAUUGGCUCCUGAACUAUUGGGAAGGCUGCUGAUUGGCUCCUAAACUACUGGGAAGGCUCCUGAUUGGAUCCUGAACGUUCCAUAUUACACUUCUAUCUGCAAGAAUUCCAGUAAACAAAACUAUGAAUAAUAUUUAAUAAUGCAUUUGUUGCAUGUUCAGUUUUUCUUUAAAUCUGAUGUUUUGAUGUUUACAGCAUUCAUUCGCUGCUAAUUUAUUUAGUCCAUAACACUAAUAUUAUUAUUUAUUGUGAUUUAUUUCAAAAAAAAAUGUUUUAUUGUAAUUUUUGUAUUCUAUUUUUAAUUAAAGGUACUGACUGGCUACAGGGCUGUAAUAUUACAGGAUUGUAAGCUCAAUGUUAAAUGAAUCAGCAAUUAUAAAAAUGAUCUCUCUAACUGGCAGACUUGGGUCAAAUACUUUCAAAAACUGGUAUCACAUUAUUAGAAUGGUACCCAUUGUCUAACGUCAGAAAGCUUGACAACCUUGUCUGCAUAGUUCAUGGCCAGUCUGAAGACAAUGAAGGGCACCUACAGUGCAUUUGGAAAGUAUUCGGACCUCUUGACUUUUUCCACAUUUUGUUACGUUUCAGCCUUAUUCUAAAAUGGAUUAAAUUAUUUAAUUUUCUCAUCAAUCUACACACAAUACCCCAUACUGACAAAGCAAAAACAGUUUACAGUAUCACAUUUACAUAAGUAUUCAGACCCUUUACUGAGUACUUAGUUGAAGCACAUUUAGUUGUGAUUACAGCCUCUAGUCUUCUUGGGUAUGACGCUACAAGCUUGGCACACCUGUAUUUGGGGAGUUUCUCCCAUUCUUCUCUGCAGAUCCUCUCAAGCUGUAUCAGGUUGGAUGGGGAGCGUUGCUGCACAGCUAUUUUCAGGUUUCUCCAGAGAUGUUCAAGUCCAGGCUCAGGCUGAGCCGCUCAAGUACAUUCAGAGACUUGUCCUGAAGCCACUCCUGCGUUGUCUUGGCUGUGUGCUUAGGGUCGUUGUUCUGUUGGAAGCUGAACUUUCGCCCCAGUCUGAGGUCCUGAGUGCGCUGGAGCAGGUUUUCAUCAAGGAUCUCUCUGUACUUUUCUCCGUUCAUCUUUCCCUCGAUACUGACUAGUCUCCCAGACCCUGCCGCUGAAAAACAUCCCCACAGCAUGAUGCUGCCACCACCAUGUUUCACCGUAGGGAUGGUGCCAGGUUUCCUCCAGACGUGAUGCUUGGCAUUCAGGCCAAAGAGUUUAAUCUUGGUUUCAUUAGACCAGAGAAUCUUGUUUCUCAUGGUCUGAGAGUCCUUUAGGUGCCUUUUGGUAAAGUUCAAGUGGGCUGUCAUGUGCCUUUUUAUUGAGGAGUGGCUUCCAUCUGGCCACUCUAUCAUAAAGGCCUGAUUGGUGGAGUACUGCAGAGAUGGUUGUCCUUCUGGAAGGUUCUACCAUCUCCACAGAGGAACUCUGGAGCUCUGUCAGAGUGACUAUCGGGUUCUUGAUCACCUCCCUGACCAAGGCCCUUCUCCCCCGAUGGCUCAGUUUGGCCGGGCGGCCAGCUCUAGGAAGAUUCUUGGUGGUUCCAAACUUCUUCCAUUUAAGAAUGAUGGAAGCCACUGUGUUCUUGGGGACCUUCAAUGCUGCAGAAUUAUUUUGGUACCCUCCCCCAGAUCUGUGCCUCGACACUAUUCUGUUUCGGAGCACUACGGACAAUUCCUUCAACCUCAUGGCUUGGUUUUUGCUCUGACAUGCACUGUCAACUCUGGGACAGAGUGUGUGCCUUUCUAAAUCAUGUCCAAUCAAUUGAAUUUACCAUAAGUGGACUCCAAUCAAGAUGAAUCCAUUUUAGAAUAAGGCUGUAAUGUAACAAAUUGUGGGAAAAGGAAAGAGGUCUGAAUGCUUUCCGAAUGCUCUGUAUAUAAGGAUUUCGUUACAGGUGCAUAACCCACAAAUAAGUCAUCCAUAAGCAGUGCUUACGUUUUUUACUAAAUUCUUAUGUCAAGUUGAUCAUUUCAGCACAUCAGUCAGUUUGUGCGGUACAAUGAAACUAAUGCAAUAGUCCCAAAAGUUCAAACUCAAAGCUAAAUUAAAGCUCUAGCUAUUUGACAUGUAUUUGACCUCAGACUGCUAACUGGGCAUUGUGUUUGUAUAAUAAAAGCACGUUUGUGUAUAUUUUCUGUAAAUGCAUGUGAUUAAGAGUUCCUCUAACAUGAAUGUUUUAAUGAAAUUAUUAAGUGUUAGAUUUGAACUGAUGUCUAACUCGUUCUGAUUCUUUAUAAACCUCAAGUGUGUUCACUCAUUAGUAAAUGUAUCAUAAGCUGAAGUGACUAUCCAUUCAUUGAGUUUAUUAGACAGUGCAAUAGACAUACAGCCACACCACACACCAAUGCAAUUGAAGACAUAUGACCUAGUCAUAUUUGACAAAAUAGAGUUGAUGCACAAGAAUAAAGCAGGAAAGCAUGUGGUCUUUUCUAUUCCUUCA